CUUCAUCCCCAUCCCCGCCUCUGUCUGGGCCUCGUCCCCUUCUCUCUGUCUCCCUCGUCCCCCCCCAUUUCGUCCCCGACACCGACACCCCUGAUACUCCUGCACUCUUUUUCAGUCUCAGCCUAGCUCUCCAAUCCGCGCUAUCCGAGGUUUGCCUCCAGGCCACCCCCAACUUUGCACCGGCCCCCAAGGGCUACUGAGGACCAUGACUAAGACGGAUCCUGCCCCAAUGGCCCCUCCGCCCCGAGGGGAGGAGGAAGAGGAGGAGGAGGAAGAUGAACCGGUCCCAGAAGCCCCCAGCCCCACCCAGGAGCGCCGGCAAAAGCCAGUUGUGCACCCCUCAGCACCUGCUCCGCUCCCCAAAGACUACGCUUUUACCUUCUUCGACCCUAAUGACCCCGCGUGCCAGGAGAUUCUCUUUGAUCCGAAGACCACCAUCCCAGAGCUGUUUGCCAUCGUACGCCAGUGGGUUCCCCAAGUCCAGCACAAGAUAGACGUCAUUGGCAAUGAGAUUCUGCGUCGGGGCUGCCAUGUGAAUGAUCGUGACGGCCUCACAGAUAUGACACUGCUCCAUUAUGCAUGCAAGGCUGGGGCCCAUGGAGUUGGAGACCCUGCGGCCGCUGUGCGCCUCUCGCAGCAGCUGCUGGCGCUAGGUGCAGAUGUGACCCUGCGCAGCCGCUGGACCAACAUGAACGCACUUCACUAUGCGGCCUAUUUCGACGUGCCAGACCUUGUGCGUGUGCUGCUGAAAGGGGCGAGGCCCAGGGUGGUGAACUCCACCUGCAGUGACUUCAACCAUGGCUCAGCUCUGCACAUCGCUGCCUCGAAUCUGUGCCUGGGCGCCGCCAAAUGUUUACUGGAGCAUGGUGCCAACCCAGCGCUGAGGAAUCGAAAAGGACAGGUACCAGCGGAAGUGGUCCCAGACCCCAUGGACAUGUCCCUUGACAAGGCAGAGGCGGCCCUGGUGGCCAAGGAACUGCGGACGCUGCUAGAAGAGGCUGUGCCACUGUCCUGCACCCUUCCUAAAGUCACACUACCCAACUAUGACAACGUCCCAGGCAAUCUCAUGCUCAGCGCCCUGGGCCUGCGUCUAGGAGACCGAGUGCUCCUCGAUGGCCAGAAGACGGGCACGCUGAGGUUCUGUGGGACCACCGAGUUCGCCAGUGGUCAGUGGGUGGGCGUGGAGCUAGAUGAACCGGAAGGCAAGAACGACGGCAGCGUUGGGGGUGUCCGGUACUUCAUCUGCCCUCCCAAGCAGGGUCUCUUUGCAUCUGUGUCCAAGGUCUCCAAGGCAGUGGAUGCACCCCCCUCAUCUGUUACCUCCACGCCCCGCACUCCCCGGAUGGACUUCUCCCGUGUAACGGGCAAAGGCCGAAGGGAACACAAAGGGAAGAAGAAGUCCCCAUCUUCCCCAUCUCUGGGCAGCCUGCAGCAGCGUGAAGGGGCCAAAGCUGAAGUUGGAGACCAAGUCCUUGUGGCAGGCCAGAAGCAGGGGAUUGUGCGUUUCUAUGGGAAGACGGACUUUGCUCCAGGUUACUGGUAUGGCAUCGAGCUGGACCAGCCCACGGGCAAGCAUGACGGCUCUGUGUUCGGUGUCCGGUACUUUACCUGUGCCCCGAGGCACGGGGUCUUUGCACCAGCAUCUCGUAUCCAGAGGAUUGGUGGAUCCACUGAUCCCCCUGGAGACAGUGUUGGAGCCAAAAAAGUGCAUCAAGUGACAAUGACACAGCCCAAACGCACCUUCACAACAGUCCGGACCCCAAAGGACAUUGCAUCAGAGAACUCUAUCUCCAGGUUACUCUUCUGCUGCUGGUUUCCUUGGAUGCUGAGGGCGGAGAUGCAGUCUUAGAGACCUGGAUACCUAACACAGAGACAGAGUCCCCUCUAGCAUCUCCUGACACAAGGAGACCCCAGUCACCCUAAGAUAGAGAUUCCCAGUGACACCUCCAGAAUAGAAACCCUGUUAGCCAGCCCUCGAUUACUGAGGUCCCAUUAUUAACAGAUGUCCCAUGACGACUCCCCCAAAUACAGACCUCAUGUUACCCCAAAAGAGAUUCCCUGAGUAGCACCUUCAGGCUAGUCCCUGUCCCUUACCCCUCAGAGCAGAUUUCCCCCAAUAAACAUUUUCCACAUCACCCAAGGGAUGCUGACCCUCUCCACAACAGGAUGUUCUUGAGUUACCAGUGGAUUAGAGUCCCAUGAAUGAAGACCCCCCCACCCCGGUUCUCCUUAAGCAUAGGUCAUACCUCCAGAAUAGCCAGCCACAUCACUAUCCCCAUGUAACAUCAGUCUCCUCAAAAUGGCGUGACCCCAAGGUCACCAGAAAGACCUUAUACUCUCCUCUCCUUCUCAGAGAUGCCCUCCGUUCACUUAAGUCCCUGUUCUCACCCCUGAACAAGACACCCACUUAACCGGCCCACUCACCCCAAUUACAAACACCAAAAUCGUCCUGGAAGCAUGAAUUACAGGACAGCAAGUCUUCCUGCCCUCUGCACCCUUGAGAAACCCCCAGUGCCUUGUAUGAAGCCCACCCCACAUGGCCCACAGUCCCUGUGCUGGCCAAGGCUCCCAGAAAAUUCUCUAUUUUUUAAAGUAAUAACUUCCCCCCCUUUGGGGGGAUCCCCAAAUUUGGAGACCCCAUUCUAGAACACUGGGGAGUUCAAAUUCCAGAGAGAAUAUAUAUUAUAUAUAAUCCCCCAAUUCCCCAUGCCUCCAAGCCCUACAAUCUCUAGAAGACCCCAAAUUUCUAAUUCCCAGGACUUCCCCCUACCCAAGUCACAGAAUCUUCAAAUCCCCAGGGAAUCCCAAACUUAAGAUCCCAAUCCCAAACCCUCAGGAAAUCCCCCAACACAAGGUCCUUAGGACCGGGAGGAAGGAACCUGUUGCCAGGAGAACAUCCCGGGCUCUCAGGGCAUCUCAAACCUGACUCCCAGGCACCAGGAGACCCCAAACAGAAAGUCCCAUCUUUGGAACAAGGAUAGGACUCUAAUACCCUUAGUCCAUGGAUCUUUAAUUUCCCAACCUCCAAACUCCAUGGGCCCCACCCUCAAGGGAACCCCCAAGUCCCAAAUCUCUGAUAACUAAUAUGUGCAGGGCCCCAGGGCUCUAACAGGACCCCAAAUCAUGGAGUCCCUACUUCAAUCUACCUUCUGGUCACAGGUCCAAGACACUAAAUCUGAGUCAUUGGCCCCAAAGGACUUCACAGCACCUGGGCCAGACCAACAGCCUGAGGGAGAACCUGAGGGCCCCGUGGGUCCAGAGCAGACCUGGGGCCCUGACCACCAAGGACAGCUCACGACUGCCCCUUCACUGCAUGUCCCUAAACUCAGCAUGACUCCUGUCCUCUUCAAUAAAGACGUUUCUAUGGCC